AUGGCCUCGCUGCAGCUGGAGGAGAAGCUGGCCUGCGCCAUCUGCCUGGGGCUCUACCGGGACCCGGCGACGCUGCCCUGCGGACACAACUUCUGCAUGGCCUGCAUCCGGGACUGGUGGGCGCACGAGGUGCGGGAGUGCCCCGAGUGCCGCCAGCCCGUCCCCGAAGGCACCGAGCUCCGCCGCAACGUGGCCCUGAGCGGCCUGGUGGAGCUGGUGCGCACCGAGCAGGGCCGCGACCCGCCGGCCGGGACGCUGGGGGAGCCCGGGACCCCGCCGGCUGGAACCCCGCCGGAGCCCACCCCGGGCCCCACCGUGCCCGAGCGCAGCCCCCAGGAGCGGGCGCUGCUGGACACCGAGUGCCGCAAGCGCGAGGUCCAGCUGAGAGCCACGUUGGAGGUGACCUCACAGCAAGCCGCCCAGGCCAAGGCUCAGCUCCAGCAGCUGCAGCAACAAAGCAGCCAGAUCCAGAGCUCUGCCUGCACCCUGGCCUCCGUGGUCUCCAGCAAGUUCAGUGUCCUCCUGCAGGCCUUGGAGAUGCGCCGGGCCUUGGCUCUGAAGGACAUUGACACAGCCAAGGCCCAGGCGCUGGCCAAGGCCAGGGCAGAGGAGCAGCGCCUGUCGCGCCACCUGGAGGCGCUGGCCCGCCAUGACUGCAGGGCCCAGGAGCUCCUGCAGCAGCCGGACCACGGGACCUUCCUCCAGGAGUCACAGCUCCUGGUGCCCCCAGAGCCUCUUGGGCCGCUGACCACUCCCCCGUGGGAUGAAGACCAGCAGCUGGGGGACCUGAAGGAGAUGCUGAGUCAUCUGGACGCCCUCCUGCUGGAAGAGGGGGACCCCCAGGGGGUGCUGGCGGAGGAUGCUGACUUGUACCUCGUGGAGACUCCAGGUCCCCUGGUGCCAACCCCGGUGUGCCCACAGAGACAAGAACUCUGGCAAAAUUACUGCAACCUGACCUUCGACCCUGAAAGUGCCAAUCGCCACCUCCACCUGUCUCGUGAGAACCGGCGGGUGAAGCACCGGCGGUGGCCACGGAGCCAGUUCAGCCCAAGCAGCUUCAAACUGUGGCAAGUGCAGUGUGUCCAGAGCUUCCAGGCUGGGCGGCACUACUGGGAGGUACAUACUUCCAACCACUCGGUGACCCUAGGGGUCACCUACCCAGAACUAGCGAGGGAUAAGCAGGGGACCCACACAGACAACAUCGGCCGUGGGCCCUGCUCCUGGGGACUUUGCAUCCAGGAGGACUGCACGCAGGCCUGGCACAACGGGGAGGCCAGGCGCCUUCCGGCAGUGACUGGCCACCUCCUGGGUGUGGAUUUGGAUGUAGCCUCAGGCCGGCUCACCUUCUACAGUCUGGAGCCCCAGGUCCAGCCCCUGCACACCUUCCAUGCUGUCUUCACCCAGCCCCUCCACGCUGUCUUCUGGCUCCUCGAGGGCAGAACACUUACCCUGUGCCAUCGGCCCAGAGCCAGCCACCUUCCAGACUCCCAGGGCUCCCAGGAAGGGGCCUCAGAGCUCAUCCAAGACCCCUGCUGA